AUGCCCCCGCAAGCCUGCAAGCCGCCUUCUGCUCGUCUCCAUACGGGACUCGGCCCAGGUCGGCCUCACCAUCGUCGCGGCAUCCGCUCGUUCGACGUGCUGGACGACGGCUCGUGCGACAGCACUGCCGACGUUGUGCUCAAGAGGAACGUUGGCGAGGGCGGCGUCGUCCGCCACGGGAUGCUCCACAGGCACGGGUGGCGGCUGCUCAUGGUCGAUGCGCAUGGGACGAACCAGUUCAAGGACAUGGAGCUGCUGUGGAAGACAAUGGAUGAGAUUUCGCGUCGGCAGCCGCACGCACCUAGUGAAGACGAGCGCGGCUUCAAGCACCCGUCGCGAAUCUUCCCGCACCAGCACCUCGCCACGCGGAUAUCCAACGGGGAUCCCAAGCUCGCCGUGUGUAUGCGGGCUUCCCGCCUCCACCGCUUUCCAGUCAUCCGGCUCAUGAAGCCGGUCCCUCAGCUCAUCCAACUCGUCAGCUACCUCAUCAUCACCGUCACCUAG